AAUGAAACAAGGUGAACUUUCUGUAAAAACAACUUUUUUUUCAUACAUUUCUUCUUAUACACUCAUAUUAUCAUGUAAGUAAUCACAACUGUCAUUUUGCAUUUUUAUUACAAAAGCUUUGUGCCUUUUCAAAAAUAAAUGUUUAAAAGAAAAUUUUACUUUACUUUUUUCUCUUUUUUUUUAAUUGUUCACACUGUAUUUUCACUGCUAACACAUAAUACAAUAAACAUUUUAUCUUUGUAAAAGUUAUUUUGUUAUAUAAUGUGUUGUUAUGUUCAUUACCUCAACAGCACCUGGAAUCAACAGUCCAUGUUCAACUCAACAUGUAAAUUUAAAGGUUUUACAGUCGGUUAGUUUUCGAGCAUAAUAUUAAUAGACCCGAGAACCAAAACCUUGAGCAAGUCAUGAGAAGCCAUGUAAAAUCUAUGUGAAUAUAUGUUUCUCUUACUGGCACCACUGCACCUCACACCUGCUGUCUGUGAUGCACCGUUGCUCUUUGCAUUGUUUCACUUCUGUAUUUUGGUACUUUUUUGAGACCUGGGUGUUACUCAAUGCUUCCGCUUGCUGCUUACCCUGAUCACUCUGCCCUGUCAUGCUGUGACAUCUGUGCAACAGACCUCCAGCCCUGUUGUCUCCACCUGACUUAACACAGAAGGAACUGUAAAAGUACAAUUCUGCCAUCUAGCCUAAAGACAAAUAAGUUGCACUUAGAAUACAGACAACACAGUUGGUUAUUUGACAAAAGCCCAAAAGGUAUGUAUAAAUGACAGCAAUGCAGUCAGCUAUUAUUUUAAAAAUGUACACAUGCCACAUUUGGAUUGAGGCAAAUAAAGAUAAUAAUAUCUUCUCUAUCUCAGCUGAAAAGGUCAUCUCUCCAAGCAUCACACUGCACCCUGUCUGGGAAGGUAACGCUGUGGAUGCACCAGCCACACUCGUCUGCACCCUUAGUAACUUCCUUCCAAAGAAACUGAGUGUGAAGUGGGAGUUGAACAACAAACCUCUAACAUCUCCUGCUGAUACACAAAGGAAGUUGCAGAGUGUGGAGGCAGAAGAGAAAACCUACACUCAAAGCAGUGAAAUUGUCCCAGAUAGGAAUCAAUGGAAGACAGGCUCGAUUUUUAAAUGCAAGGCCAAUCACAACAAUCAAGAAUUUGUAAAAACAAUAAGCAUUUGUCAAGUCCAGGCAAUUGUCCCUCCUCUAAUUCGCUUGGAUACUCCCAGCUUCAAGACAGUAAUGACGGAAGGAACCAGUGUGAAAGCAACAUGUGUGGUUCGUACUGUUUUUAUUGCCAAGGUGAUCUGGCUGAUGGAUGGGAAACCCAUAUUAAACCGCUUAGUGACCAGACACGACCAAAACACGACUCAUGUAUCCAGUGAUUUGACGGUUCCAUCAAGUGAUUGGAAGAAACUUCAGUCUGUCACAUGUAAAGCUGAACAUAAGUGCCUCUCAUCCCUCCCCCAUCUCUACAUUGAGAGGACUGUGAAUGUUGCAGGACCUGCAGUUACAGCUCCAACCGUUAAGAUCAGGAGAUCUCUCCAAGCUUUGCAGAAAGGAGAAAGUGCUGUGCUCGAGUGUGACAUCACACAACUCUCAUCACAUGACCUGUAUGUCACCUUUCAGGCCAAAGGUUCGGACAUCUCUGACGAACAGUAUGUUGAUCUCCCUAAAACCCCUGGCCCCCAUUCAAUCAGUAGACGCUUCUCUGUCCCAAAACCUCUAUGGAGCAAUGACACAAGUUUCAGCUGCACAGUGAACCAAGGAUUCUCGAGCAAGUUUAGGUCAAACUCCAUUGGAAAUAUUUUUGUGGACCCAUCAGUGGAGCUUCUUCUGGCCCCCAGUAAAGAGUCAGGACCACAAAGACUCUUGUGCUCUGGAUGGGGCUUCGACCCUCAAAUUAAAUGGUCUUCUGAGUCUCAGCAAAUAUCUUCAUCUUCAACUAAUGACAUCAGCAUGAGUGCAGAUGGACGUGUGGCGGUAACCAGUCAACUUGAUGUCCCUCGCACAGAGUGGAUCACAGGGAAGGUUUUCACUUGUGAAGUAUCUGAAAAGUCUCUGGAUACGAAAGUGACAAAGGACAUCAGCAUCUGCUCAGCUUGUUCAAAUGCCCCUCCUUCCAUCCAUGUGGAGACUCCCAGCUUCAAGACAGUCAUGACGGAAAGAUCCAGAGUGAAAGCAACAUGUGUGGUUCAUACUGUUUUGAAGGCCAAGGUGACCUGGCUGAUGGAUGGGAAACCCGCAUUAAAGCGCUUAGUGACCAGACACGACCAAAACACGACUCAUGUAUCCAGUGAUUUGACGGUUCCAUCAAGUGAUUGGAAGAAACUUCAGUCUGUCACAUGUAAAGCUGAACAUAAGUGCCUCUCAUCCCUCCCCCAUCUCUACAUUGAGAGGACUGUGAAUGUUGCAGGACCUGCAGUUACAGCUCCAACCGUUAAGAUCAGGAGAUCUCUCCAAGCUUUGCAGAAAGGAGAAAGUGCUGUGCUCGAGUGUGACAUCACACAACUCUCAUCACAUGACCUGUAUGUCACCUUUCAGGCCAAAGGUUCGGACAUCUCUGACGAACAGUAUGUUGAUCUCCCUAAAACCCCUGGCCCCCAUUCAAUCAGUAGACGCUUCUCUGUCCCAAAACCUCUAUGGAGCAAUGACACAAGUUUCAGCUGCACAGUGAACCAAGGAUUCUCGAGCAAGUUUAGGUCAAACUCCAUUGGAAAUAUUUUUGUGGACCCAUCAGUGGAGCUUCUUCUGGCCCCCAGUAAAGAGUCAGGACCACAAAGACUCUUGUGCUCUGGAUGGGGCUUCGACCCUCAAAUUAAAUGGUCUUCUGAGUCUCAGCAAAUAUCUUCAUCUUCAACUAAUGACAUCAGCAUGAGUGCAGAUGGACGUGUGGCGGUAACCAGUCAACUUGAUGUCCCUCGCACAGAGUGGAUCACAGGGAAGGUUUUCACUUGUGAAGUAUCUGAAAAGUCUCUGGAUACGAAAGUGACAAAGGACAUCAGCAUCUGCUCAGCUUGUUCAAAUGCCCCUCCUUCCAUCCAUGUGGAGACUCCCAGCUUCAAGACAGUCAUGACGGAAAGAACCAGAGUGAAAGCAACAUGUGUGGUUCAUACUGUUUUGAAGGCCAAGGUGACCUGGCUGAUGGAUGGGAAACCCGCAUUAAAGCGCUUAGUGACCAGACACGACCAAAACACGACUCAUGUAUCCAGUGAUUUGACGGUUCCAUCAAGUGAUUGGAAGAAACUUCAGUCUGUCACAUGUAAAGCUGAACAUAAGUGCCUCUCAUCCCUCCCCCAUCUCUACAUUGAGAGGACUGUGAAUGUUGCAGGACCUGCAGUUACAGCUCCAACCGUUAAGAUCAGGAGAUCUCUCCAAGCUUUGCAGAAAGGAGAAAGUGCUGUGCUCGAGUGUGACAUCACACAACUCUCAUCACAUGACCUGUAUGUCACCUUUCAGGCCAAAGGUUCGGACAUCUCUGACGAACAGUAUGUUGAUCUCCCUAAAACCCCUGGCCCCCAUUCAAUCAGUAGACGCUUCUCUGUCCCAAAACCUCUAUGGAGCAAUGACACAAGUUUCAGCUGCACAGUGAACCAAGGAUUCUUGAGGAAGUUUAGGUCAAACUCCAUUGGAAAUAUUUUUGUGGACCCAUCAGUGGAGCUUCUUCUGGCCCCCAGUAAAGAGUCAGGACCACAAAGACUCUUGUGCUCUGGAUGGGGCUUCGACCCUCAAAUUAAAUGGUCUUCUGAGUCUCCGCAAAUAUCUUCAUCUUCAACUAAUGACAUCAGCAUGAGUGCAGAUGGACGUGUGGCGGUAACCAGUCAACUUGAUGUCCCUCGCACAAAGUGGAUCACAGGGAAGGUCUUCACUUGUGAAGUAUCUGAAAAGUCUCUGGAUAAGAAAGUGAGAAAGGACAUCAGCAUCUGCUCAGUAACUCCAGCAUCAUCACAGAUAGUUGGUGUAAAUGUUCAGGGACCACCUCUCCAGCAGCUUCAGAAUGAGGGACAGGUGACAAUCACCUGUCUUCUGGUUGGCCCUUCUCUUAAUGACUUCACCAUCACCUGGAAAGUAGGUGGGAUAAAAUAUUCCCAGAAUGUCCAUAAGGAGCCACCAGUGAGUCACAGCAAUGGGACAGAGACGUUGCAGUCGUCCCUCAAUGUGUCAGCAGAGGAUUGGCAUGCAUAUAAACAAGUGUCUUGUGAGGCAAAGCACAAGUGUUCCAACCAGGGCUAUGAGGACCAUAUAAGCAAAAGCAGAGACCUUCAUCCACCAGCAGUGAAGAUAAUAGAGCCAGCUGUCUCUGACCUAGCUACAUCAGAUGUCCUCACGCUUAUUUGCAUAGUCUCUGGAUUUUUCCCAUCUAACAUUAUGGUGUACUGGAAAGAGAAUGGACAGAGACUCCCUUCAACUCUCUACACCAACAGUCCUGCAUGGAAAUACACAGGGAGCAGCACUUACUCAAUGAGCAGCGGACUAAAUGUAUCAAAAACUGAGGACAAGCAAUCCACGUAUUCUUGUGUUGUCACACAUGAGUCGUCUGAAAAUCCUUUCAGCAGCACUGUAAAGGAUGUGUUCGCCUCAGUGACCCACAGCAAACCUUCAGCCACUUUGCUCCAGGGCCCUGGUGAAGUUGUGUGCCUGGUCUAUGGCUUCAGCCCUGCAACCAUUAACAUCACUUGGUUUCUGAAUGGCAAUGAGGAACUGUUAAAUUACACCACUACUGAACCCCUCAGAGGCCCAGACGGAAAGUUCAGCAUCCAAAGCCACCUUCCUCUUUCCAAAAUCAUGUGGUUACCUGGGGUAGUCCUCACGUGCAAUGUGACACAUGCAAACGCCACCCUAUUCCUGCAUACAUCUAAACCAGAGAUCUCGAAGGACUGUUAUAAUUUCUUUGAUGGCUUAAUGCAUGCUGAAGUGAAUGAAGAUCCAGGUGUAGAAAGCUGGUAUGUGGCUCUCACUUUCCUCCUUUUGUUCCUCAUCUCCACCAUCUUUGGAAUUGUUGCUACCAUGAUUAAGACUAAAUGAUGAUGACGAUGAUCACUGGACAGAUCCCAUUUUAUUAUCUAAACCUGAAAAUUUGAAGUUUUUUUUCCCCAGUGUAAUUAAUGCAUUUCUUUUUUGUUAUGUGUGUUAUGAAGCUGGUUUGUAUUCAUUUUUUUUU